GUGAGCGUAAUGUUAAAUGCGAUGACGUGAUAUUUUGUGGCCACCAUCUUAACGAACCUAAAUAUGGAAUUGUUCAAAACUUUUAUAAAUAUCUUGCACAAGAUAAAUCUAAGCCAUACUAUGAAGAUAUCACAUUUUUUACACUCAUUCCUGAUAAAAUUCCAGACCCAAAAAAUAGAGGUCACCAUGAGAAUAUUUCUUCUAUUUAUAUCUCACAAAAAUUUCACAGGAUUCUUAUGGAUAUUCGUGAAAAUGUAACGUAUAUUGUACUCUUCAGUGGUGGAGAUUCAAUCUGA